CACCGCAGUGGACGGCUUUGAUGAAAUAAAAUCUGUGAGAAGUUUGAUGGCGUCAAAUUUUGAAAGUUGGUGAAGCAGUUGUUCGGCAUUCAGAUGUUGUUGUAUUUAUUGUGUGUUUUCGUAGCCUUCUGUUGAUAUGGCUUUGGUUAAUGAGCAUACGGGUAAUCCUACAACACCACAGUCUCAAACUCAUGGCAUAAAUAAAUCGCUCCUUACUCCUUGCAGACGUGUAGGCCUCAAAAGAAAAUCUCCCACUGUUUCUCCCAGUUGUUCUUUUGUAAGUGGUCAAAAUUUAAGUACACCUGAUAAAAAUGAGGGAAGUGAUGAAUUACUGUCAAAGGCGAAAUGUGUGACACCAAACAGUUUCAAAUCUGCAGAAACCCCGAAGAGAGACGUAAAGUCAACAGAAACGCCGAAAAGAGGUGAAGGCUCACAGAAAACUGUUAUAAGCAAAAAAGAGCAUCGUGUGAGGCGGAGAGGCACGCAGGCGCAACUGCGAGACGCAGUUGAUGAAACUGUAAGCCCAGACGUAGAUAACCGUAGUUCGCAAACUGAUGUUACAGAGAUUGCAAACAGUACGAGUGUUGCUACUGAUUUCGAAAUAGUUUACGAUCAGAAAACAUUGGCCGAUUUAGAAAGAAAUGUAGCCACGAAAGAGGAUAAAGUACAGUCGCUGAGAGUUGCUCAGCUCUAUCGGAAAAAGCAUGAUUUGACAAAGCUGAGGGAAUCCAUCUGUAAAUGGAAAGCUGGAUGUCAGAGUGCUCUUCAGGAUUUAUUAGAAAUGACACAUGAACGAGGACAUAAAGUAACUAUGAUGCAGCUGUUGUCACAUCUUGGAAUACCACCUACUUUGAUAGGAUAUGAACCCGAACAGGAUGAAUUUACAUGAAAGCAACAGUAAAGUACAAUGUAUUACACAGGGGAGCCUAUACACUCAUAAUCUUUGUAAAUAUGAUAGUCUAGUUGUUUAGCAUAAGUAAUUAUGUUGCCAAUUAUAAAUAUGUAUUUUGAAGGAUAACUAACUUAUUUUAUGUAUGAAUAUGAAGGAAAAAAGAAAAAUAAAAUUGAGAUUAUUCUUAUAAA